UUAGCCCAUUCCUCCUCGUCCUGUCAACAGGCACGUGGGAGAAUAGACCAACCCCCACCUCACUACAGCCUCCUUUAAGGAAGCUGAGAUAAGGUAGCCCAUGAGCCUCCUCUUCUCCAGGCUGAACAAUCCCACCUUCACCCUGGAUUUUGUGAAUAGAGCCGAAUCUUCUCAUGACGCAAAUCUGAUACAACACUUGAACAUUUAUACUCGUUGUUUCCAUGGCCUUUUCAGGAUGCCUCCAAUGCUCGGGUGUCCAGCUGCACAUCAAGGACAUCCCCGGCUCCCAGGGACAGUUCCCAGGCCGCAGACCGACCUCCUGGCCAGGACCCCAGCCUGGCAGACAUGGCUCCUGUCAGCGUGGAGCAGCCAUCUCACCUCAGCCUUGUCCCACAACCGUCAGGUGACGUCUGUCAGUGCUGCCAUCAGGGGCACCCCGAGACCCUUGUGAUGGAACCACAGAGUCACUGUCACCCUACGACCUCACAAAAGGUGGCUGGCUAUAAAAGCCCUGAGCGGUGCGCCUGCGGCCAGUCCAGCUCGUGGCACUCAAUUGCUCGAGGUCCCACUGCUGGAAGACAGGAGGCGGAGGUGUUGUGCGAAGCACACUCGAAGCCAUUCUUCUUGCACGCCAGCCAUCAAGGUCCUUCGUGGUCCUGCUGGUGGCAAGCAAGGCGCUGAGGUCCAGCCAGGGAGACGUGAAGCGUCGAGAUCGUGCCGGCGACCCGCAGGGGAGGUGCUGAAGACCGGAGUCUGCUGACAACCACCCGGCACCGGGGCACCUUCCCACAGAAGACCAUCUCGACGCCGGGGCAGCUGCAGGAACAAUGAACCAGCAACAGCGGGAGCAGCCAGAUGAGGAGGCCCCUGGGGACCAGACCUGCCCCAUCUGUCUGGGCCAGCUGUCCGACGCGUCUCGGAUGCACCCCUGCGGGCACUGCUUCUGCCGGCAGUGCAUCCAGCCCUGGGCCACUCAGAGGUUCACGUGCCCAAUGUGCCGUAGGCGUAUUGUGGCCAUCGAACGGUUGGAGGCACCCGCCCAACGCGACGCCUCACCCCCCCGACGCGAGGCCUCACCCCCCCAUCCCCGCCGAGGACUGGAGCGCAACGCGGGGAUGGGGCGGCGGCAGCAGCGGCAGCAGCAGCGGCGGCGGCAGAGGAGCCCCAACUACCGCUCCCGCAGUGCCUCGCCCCGGCGCAGGGAGCGCAGCCCCUUUCAAGAACGGGGGAUGGCCCGAAGGCGCUCCGGGCACAGACUGAAUGAGGACGUCUGGUACGUCGACCUCGACGAUAUCUCCUGGCUGCGUCGGGUCCAAGAAGAGGAUCCGGGGUCCGGCGACCAUGUGUAGGCCGCUAGGCCCAUUCCUGGAUCUGAAAUGACCUCAGCUGGGGGUUGGCUGGGGGUGGCAGCCACAAUUACUCCCCUAUUAAAUUAGGACUUUUCCACCCUACAAAGCCUCUGCCUGCACUUCUUCCGGCGUAGGUCAGCGGGAGGCUGAACGCAGCCCUCUCCUGCUGUCCGCACCACAAAGUGGUUUGGGGAUGUCGGCUGUU